GGAGGAAAAUAACUUUUGAAGUGCAAUCCCCUUCUUAGACAGUUUAAAACAAUCCCCAGACUUAGAUACCUAUAUUAUAAUGUCAGUGUCUAUAGAACAGCACAGUUGUCGAUCAGAAAGCACCAAGAAUUGACGAAUUUUUAUAUUUUUUAUUUUAAAAAUCUUAUCAGCUUUUUUAAAUUUUGUUUAUCUAUUUUUAGUUUAUUAUAAAGCCAAUGUGAAUUGUUGCCCAGCUGUUUUAUAUUAAUAAUAUUCAACAAAUUAUUUAAUUAAUUUACUUGAAGAAAACGAAAGAAAUUUAGUUUUAAUUAAGGAAUUUAUCUCAUUGAAAAAAAUGGCUAGCUUAAAAACUGCACUUGGUAUUGAUGAAUUGACUGAUAAAAAAUCAAAUAUUUGGAGAGCAUUGUUUGCUGAAUUUUUUGGAACAAUGUUAUUAAAUUUUUUUGGUUGUGGUGCAGUUGUAACAAAUAAUGUUGUUGCAAUUGCUCUUGCAUUUGGUCUUGUUGUUGCUGGAGUUAUUCAAAGUAUUGGACAUGUAUCUGGUGGUCAUAUUAAUCCAGCUGUAACAAUGGGUCUUUUGGCAAUUGGAAAAAUAUCAGUUGUCAAAGGAUUUCUCUAUGUUAUUGCUCAAUGUGCUGGUGCAAUUGCUGGAUCAGGAGUAUUAUAUACAUUAUCAACAGAUAAUACAACAAGUUCUAUUGGUGUUGUGUCAUUGGUACCUGGUCUAGUACCAUUUAAAGGUUUUGCUAUUGAAUUUUUUUUGGCAUUAAUACUGGUAAUGGUUGUUUGUGGUGCUUGUGAUCCAGCUAAACCAGAAAGCAAAGGAAUUGCUCCACUUAUAAUUGGUCUUGCUGUAACUGUUGGUCAUAUUGUUGGUAUACCUAGAACUGGUGCUGGAAUGAAUCCAGCUCGUUCACUUGGCAGUGCAGUGAUAAUGAGCAAGUUUGAAAAUCAUUGGGUAUACUGGAUUGGUCCAAUAUUGGGAGGUAUGGUUGGUGCUUGUUUUUAUACGUAUGCAAUUAAACCAGCAAGUCUACCAGUAACACCAAAAAAUUAUGCAUCAAUUGCAACUGAUGAUAAAGAGAAAUUCGAGUACAUUGACAGUGGAAGAGGUGGACUUUAAGAUGCUGUUUUGGUUUUCUAGCUCCAGCAAUUUACCAACAAGAAGCAAACUUAUCCAGCUUGAAAUUAUUUCGAAAGAAGAAAAAUCUAUUUAACAUUGUCAUCUGGAAUUAAUUGAGAAAAUAAUAUGUUUUUUUGAAUUAAUUAAUUAAUUAAAAUAAAUGUCGUCGUGUUUUUUUUUUUUUUUUCUUUUUUCUGUCAAAUUAUAUUUAUUUUUCAUUGUUCAAUUUAAUUGUUUUAAAAAGAAUCAAAAUUAUUAUUUCCAUUUAUUAUUUAUUCAUUUUCAUUUUGUGUCAAAUUUAUAUUACCUACAUAUACUUUUUAAAUAUAAUAUGUAUAAAAAAAUCUGAAUAAAAUUAUAAUUUUUUAUGUCAAAUAAAAUAUGAUUUGAAUUUAUUUAUUUUAUUGUAAAAAAAAAGAGACGAAAUUUUAAUAAUUUUCUUUAUCAGCAUGCUAAUCCUUUUGAUAACAUUAUCAACGUGGAAUAAAAAUAUUUUGUGUAUAAAGAGAGCAGCACAUACAAAGUUUCGAUAUUCUUUAAAGCUGAACCCAAGAAGACCCAAUAAAAUAUUAUUUCUAAAUCUAAUUUAGUCUUUCUGUCUAAACUAAAGUUACAGGUGUUCUACUAAUGACUCGUUAUUAAUAACUAUGUAUCAUUUGAUAAGAAAAAUAAUGCUGUCUGUCAUUUUUUUUAUUUUUCUAAAUGACGUGGCUAGCAGCUUAAUAGACGGUUUAGUAAGUUAAAAAUUUUCAUAAUAAAAUUCAAUAUUUAAAAACCUAUUUAACUAUAAUAAAUAAUUUUUUUUUUAGUGUAAAAUUCAUGAAGAUUGUGAAGACUGGGCCUUUGAAUGUUCAAACGGAAUUUGUUUGAUAAGAGGAUGACUAUUCGAUAAUAUAAAUUAUUCAAUUGAU